AUGUUCGCUGUCAGAUUGGUCACGGGAGCUACCUUUGCCCUGCUUUGCACUUGGUCCGUGCUUGCUGCUCCUGCUCCGACGACCACCGUGAGCCUACAGUUCCCACAGCCAUGGACAUCAACAACAACAGAGACGGAGUACAUCAUUGCGCCUACCACCACGGGUCCCUACGAGACUACAACGUUCACCGAGACGGGGUGGAACUACCCACUCACAACAACAACAGAAGUCAUGACGUACACCUACUCGGGGCCCAUCUGGUCCGGCUCUCCCACCUAUUCAACGGCAACAGUGGACUACACCAGCACUUACACUGAGGUGGAAAUAUAUUCCAAGUGGUAUGGGACAUGGCCGACCGCCUGCAACUACCCGUGA